GCAGCACGUCGCUCAUUAUAGUACGCCGCGCCGCGGACAAGUCGCUACCGCGUACACGUCGUCGUCAUCGUCGUCGUCGUUGCCGCCGCCGCCGUCGUAGCCGUAGCCGCCACCGCACAGCAGUCUGUUCCGCAUAACCGACCCGUGUCGAACACGGACGCGCUGCUACCUCGUAAUACCUACAUAAUAAUAUUAUACGGUACCGAUAUUAUAAUAUUAUUGCCAUUACGAUAUUUAUACAUUACCGUCCGUGUACGUUGGUAAUGACAAUAUUAUAAUUCUCGUCAUAAAUAAAUAAAAAACAAAAUAGUAUCGCAAUCAAGGUACAUCCGUUAGGUGUGUUCGAGUUUUUUUUUUUUUUUCCGAAUCUUGUGCCGUCAGACUUCGGGUUUUUUUGGUUUUUUUUUUUCGCGUCGUACUUGGUUUUUCGAAUCGUCGUCCACUUCGACCGCAUAGGCGUGCGGCCAAUGAAUCGCUGCGCGAGGACCGCAACCACCGCCGCAACCCGCACCGCCGCCGCCGACGACUGCACCGCGGCGACGCCGGCCGUUGUUGUCGUAGUGGUCUCGUAGCGCGCGCGUCCCGCGAAAACGUCUCGAAACCGCGGGUCUCCCGCGUACCAUGACUUCUCAGUUUUCACAACAACUCGCCAAAAAUAUCGGACACCAGACCGCAUCGUUAGUGCAGCCGUUACCGCAGCCGCCGCACACGUCUUCGUCGUCAUCUUCGAGCCCGCCGCCCUUACAGCUAUCGCUCACCGCGGCCCGGCGACACACUUCCGUCUCGCCGCAACCGCCGUCCUCGACCGCAGCCGGCCACAACUCGUCUCCGCCGCCACCGCACCAGUCAAGGUCCACCGUCGGCGGAUCAACCACAGCGUCGGCGGCCCUACCACCGUCGUCCACGGCACCGUCGUCCGUCGGCGGCAGUCCCACCACGGCCGUAGCCACGGUCAGCACGUCCACCGCCGCGGCCGCGGCCGCCGCACCUCCCCGGUGCUGCGACACCGGCCGGCCCAUAUUCACCGACCCCAUCACCGGGCAGACGGUGUGCUCGUGCCAGUACGACCUGCUCAGCUACCAGCGGCUGGCCGCCUCGGGCGUACCGGCCCUGUCCAUGUACACCGCACCGUACCCCGAGGGCAUGGCCGCCUACUUUCCGGCCCUCGGCUCCGACCAACCGCCUUUCUACUCUGCCGCCGCAGCGGGACUUGAUCUCAAAGAGAACUUGGCAGCUGGAGCUACAUGGCCGUACCACUCGGUCUAUCACCCCUACGACGCCGCGUUCGGGUACCCUUUCAACGGGUACGGCAUGGACCUCAACGGUGCCAGGCGGAAAAACGCCACUCGAGAGACUACCAGCACGCUGAAGGCUUGGCUUAACGAGCACAAGAAGAACCCGUACCCGACCAAAGGCGAGAAGAUCAUGUUGGCCAUCAUCACCAAGAUGACGCUCACGCAGGUGAGCACGUGGUUCGCUAAUGCCCGAAGGCGGUUGAAGAAGGAGAACAAGAUGACUUGGGAACCCAGAAAUAGGGUCGAAGACGAGGACAACAACAACGAGGAUGACCGAAAGAGCCCGGACCCAAAAGAUCUCGAUUGUAAAGACUCGGGCACGGGAUCGAGCGAGGACGGUGACCGGCCGGGCGCCAAUCACACAGGCAGCGAGUGGAGCGAAUCGCGGGCCGACAGCGGACCGGACUCGCCGGAGCUGUUCGAUCGGCCGCCGCCACCACACUUCCUGCACCACCCGCCGCCGUACCACCACGGCCACUAUCCCGGAGCGCCGCACCAUCCGCCGCCGUCACACCUCGGCCACCACCAUCACCACCACCAUCCGUCGGCGGCGCCACCGCACCACCGGUUCGCGUCCGUGUCGCCACCGGCCACCGGUGGAGUCGGCGGCGGGCUUCUGCCGUCGCAGAGUAGCGCCCCCAAGCCACGCAUCUGGUCGCUGGCCGACAUGGCCAGCAAGGACACGACGACCACGACGACGGCCGCGGCCGCGGUCGAGACGUCGACGCCGUCCACCCCACCGCCGCCGCCGUCACCGCAUCAGCACCAGCGGUCACCGCACCACCAGCAACUGUCCCCUCCGUCCGUCGGCGGUGCGUCGUCUGCGGGCCACCGACGGCCGCCCGCCGUUCCCGUACCGUCGUUGCCCGCCGGUUACGCGCGCCACGAGCAGCUGUACCGAUCGUUCUACGAGGAUCCCGCGGCCGCGGCCUAUCAUGCGCGUGCCUUCGGCGGCGGCGGCGGGAUCGUGUUCCAACCGUCCGCGGCCCACCAGCACCAUUUGCACCAUCACCAUCAGCAGCAGCAACUGCACUCGGCGGCCGCGGCGGUCGCCGAACCGUCGCCCGCCUCGUCGUCGUCCGACGCCGAAUCCGUCGUGGCCGUCCAGCACGCCGAACGGGCUUGACGGGAAGCGGCUCGACCACAAACACACGUAAAUCCAAAGACAAAACAAAAAAAUUAAUAAACAAACAUUAUUUUGUAAAUAUUAACGAUAAUAAUAUAUAAAAGUAAACUUUGUAAAUAACAUAUUAUUAUUAUUAUUAUAUAUUAUAUAUAUUAACGAAUAUUAUAAGGUAAAAACACAUAAUAUAAUAUAUGAUAUGAUUAUAUAAUAUAUAGAAAACGGCAUGUAUAAGACAUUGUGCGGACAAUAAAAAAAAAAGUAAUGAUACUACUGUUGAAAAAUAUAAAAAAAAAACAAAAUAAUUAUAUAUAUAUAUAUAAUAUAAACGUAUUUACGAGGAAGGAAUAAUAAUAUUAUACCUAAACUAUAACGUGAUUGAUAUAUAUAUAUAUACAUGUCGUGUGUGUACGUAUAUAGUAUGAUGUUAUGACGUAUAUCGUUACAGUUAUUAUGCAUAUAUUAUUAAAUGUGACGUGCGGAGAUUUCUUAAAAAAAAAAAAUAAAAAAAUUAUCAGGAAUUUUGAGCGAUGCGAUUGGCGGGCAUAUCGGGGAGGGGGUCCCGUGUGGUAGUGACUCUGUCGUUUUGUGUUUUAUUUCAUCCGAGAACCUACCCAUAUUGUACUAUUACGGUAUGCGGUACGCGACAUGCGCAUAACCUACACAAUGUUUUAUAAAAUACAGUGGGUGUAAUAAUAUAAUAUUUAUAUAAAUAUAUACGUUAUAUCAUAUCAUCGUGUGCGGAGGACAGGCGUACCCGGGUCUGUCCGGUUUAAGACGACUGGACAAUCUUUUGCAUUUGCCGCGGGGACACGAGUUACACGAUAUAAAUUGUCAAUAUUGUCAUUACCUAUAUAUAUAUAUAUGUAUACCUAUUAUUAUUUUUUUUUCUCGUGCGAGGUGAACCGAUUGUGUUGACGUUCCUUUCUAUAUACUGACAUUAUGUUUUAUUAUUUUAAUUUAUUUCCUCUCGUCUUGUUUUUAUUUUUCUCGUUCUUACAAUAUAAUAGGACGUAAACUACGAUUUUUAAAGAUAUAUAUAUAUAUAUAUGAUGAUAUAUACACACAAA